GCACGCGGUGCGUCGGUUCCCUAGGGCACCUCCUGUGGUUUGAGGGCAUGGGCGACAAGUAUGCUACCCUGCAGCGGGCACGGCUGCAUCUGGAUUUCAUCCACGCCAAUUCCACCACUCACAGCUUCCUUUUUGGAGCACUGGCUGAAUUGCUGGACAAUGCAAGAGAUUCAGGAGCUGCACGACUUGAUGUGUUUUCAGUGGAUAAUGAAAAACUGCAGGGUGGAUUCAUGUUGUGUUUCCUGGAUGAUGGAUGUGGAAUGAGCCCUGAGGAGGCUUCAGAUAUCAUCUACUUUGGAACGUCCAAGAAACGGUUAACAACUUUGAAGUUUAUUGGACAAUAUGGCAACGGUCUUAAAAGUGGAUCCAUGAGGAUUGGAAAAGACUUUAUUCUUUUUACAAAAAAAGAAGAAACAAUGACCUGUGUGUUUUUUUCUCAGACGUUUUGUGAAAGAGAAGGCCUCAGUGAGGUUGUGGUUCCAAUACCUUCAUGGUUAACAAGAACCAGAGAAUCUAUUACAGAUGAUCUUCAAAAAUUCUCAACAGAAUUGUCCAUAAUUUAUCAGUAUUCUCCAUUUAAAACCAAUGCUGAAUUGAUGAAGCAGUUUGAUGUGAUCUAUGGGAAAUGUGGCACAUUGCUGAUUAUUUAUAAUUUGAAACUUCUGCUUACUGGAGAACCAGAGUUGGAUGUUAAAACUGACAAGGAAGACAUACUGAUGACUGGAGCUCUUGAGGAUUUUCCAGAGAGGUGGUCUUUUAGAGCCUACACAUCUGUUCUGUAUUUUGAGCCCUGGAUGAGAAUAUUCAUUCAGGCCAAAAGAGUUCAGACAAAGCACCUGUGUUACUCCCUCUACAGCCCCAGAAAGUAUCUUUAUGUCACAUCUUCUUUCAAAGGAGCAUUUAAAAAUGAAGUUAAAAAGGCAGAAGAAGCAGUAAAGAUUGCUGAAUUUGUAUUGAAAGAAACACAAAUCAAAGUAAACCAGCCAGACAGAACUUCUUUAUCUUCUUCUCCCAAGGAUAUAUUACAGAAAGCUUUGGAAGAUGUAGAAGCAAAACGUAAGCUUCUCAGAGAAAAGCAGAGAGAACUUAAAAAAGCAAGGACAAUCUCCCUGUUCUUUGGAGUGAACAUAGAAAACCGAAGCCACGCUGGCAUGUUCAUUUACAGUAAUAAUCGCUUGAUCAAAAUGCAUGAGAAGGUGGGGCCACAGUUGAAACUGAAGUCCUUGCUUGGCGCAGGUGUGGUUGGAAUUGUUAAUAUACCAUUGGAGAUCAUGAAACCAUCCCAUAAUAAGCAGGAAUUUCUCAAUGUCCAGGAGUAUAGUCAUCUCCUAAAAGUCAUGGGGCAGUACUUGGUCCAGUACUGUAAGGACACCGGGCUAAGUAACAGAAAUCUAACAUUGUUUUGGAAUGAAUUUGGGAACCAGAAUAGCAGAGAUGUUGAGAAAUCUUUAGAUUCUCUUCAGUGUCGAAGAAGACAAGCCAUGGCCAUCCCAUUUAUCAUUCAGUGUGAUCUUUGCCUGAAAUGGAGAGUCUUGCCUUCCUCUACUAAUUAUUUGGAAAAAGAAUUUCUUGACAUCUGGAUUUGUGCUAAUAAUCCUAACCUCUUGGAAAACAGUUGUCAUCAGACAGAACGUUUACCUUCCAUCCCCCUGGGCACCAUGAACACAGUGUUACCAUCAAAAAAUGAGAAAGAGAAGCAGCUCCGAGAUUCAGUCCAAAGGUAUCACAAUCGACUGGCAGAACAGCAACCACAGCCUCAGUUUAUACCAGCAAGUAGGAUCACUGAAUUCACCACCACCUUCCAAACUUCAGCAUCUAAGGAAAACAUGAAAACUCAGAAAAUCAGACCUUUGGAUAAUGACUUCAAGCCUGAGUCUUUUGUAUCCCAUGAGCCCUCGGUAAGCCACAGAGGCUGGAAAAGAAGCACAAAAGGGACAGACUCUGAUAGAGAGUAUAUCUCAGAGACUAAUAGGAUGAAGAAGUCUGUGCAGAAAAAAGUGAAACUUCAGCAGCAGAGAUAUCCAGCAGCCCUGCCAGAAAAUGUCAGACACACCGAGGGCGCCCAGGCCUCUUCUUGGGAAAUGAAAAGGAAGAAGAGUCAAAAGUUUGCACAGAAAUGUAAGGCUUUGAUUGAAGUUGAAACCAGCAAAAGUCAUCCAGAUAUAAUCCUGGCUUUAGAUGAAAGUGACACUGAUGUUUCAUUGAAACAAGAAGAAAAGGAAGUUUCUCUUAUGAAAAAAGAAAAACAGGAGCUGUGCGGUGAUACUGCAGAAAUAAAGAGAAACUCUUCACUACCUAACUGGGAAAGUGUGCUGACAGAAGAUUUAAAUACAAGUUCUGGAAACAAAGUCAGAGUUUCUGUGAAUGGUAGUUGUGAAGUUUCUUCUUCACUGACAGAGUCUUCACAAAGCACAUCUGUCAAGGAAACUGUGAAAAAACUGAUGUCUAUUCUAAGGGAGAUUCUUCUGUACUUCUUCCCUGAGUAUGAACUACCACCAGAAUUUGACUACACAUCUGGGGAGAAACUUACAGCAAGUCCUGAGCUGGAACAAUACCCAGAGCAGACAAACAAAAGGCUGAAAUUGUGCUUCAACCAGAUCCAGAAUGUUUGCAUGGUCCAGUAUGAAACAAAACUGAAGAGAAAAAUGCAGUCCAUUACUGAUGAUGCAGAUAGAAAAACAGUGAUCAAUGAAGUAUCUCUGGGGCAAUGUGAAGAAAAAAGAAAAAGUACUGAAGAGAAACUGAAUAAUCUUCGUGUUAAACUCUCAUUAUUGUUGCAGAAACUUCAGCUGGGUGGUCCAGAAGGAGAUCUGGAGCAGAUUGACAGUUAUUUAGAAUCUUUGCUUCAAGAAGAUAAUCUCCUUUUCCAGAACACUUUAAGUAAAAUGACUAGAGAUAUAGGACACAGUUUCCCUUUAGAAAAAAAUCAAAAUACUUCUCAAAAGUAAAAGUCAGAAAAGACAUUUUUUUAAUGUAAAUAAGAAAAGGGAAGAUUCAUAGGGAAAAAAAAAUCUCCCCUUGUAUUUGCUAUUACAAAAUCCAUCCUAUUUAACACUAAGAAAAUCGUAUACUUUAGAAAUGGAGACCGAUUUACAAUUUAUAUAUUUCUCAGCCCUGUUCCCUAAUUCUUCUUGUUUUCUUAGAAACUAUUUCUAAUUCCCACAUGAGCUACUAUGUUAUUUAGGCCUAAAUUUUGUUUUCACUCAAGACUGAAAAACUGGGUAACAGUGGUUUUCAAAAUUAACAUUGAAAGAACCACAAAGUCACCUCUUGAAAUUUGAAAGAGACUUUGUGCCCUUUCUUCAAUGUAGCCAUUAUUCAGUAAAGCAGAAAAUAUGAAUGCAAAAAAAAAGUUUUCUGAUAAGUUUAUAUAAUUUUAUUACAUAUUUAUAGUAAAAUAGUCUUUUAAGCAU